AUCACACGUGUAGAGGACUGCAGGCAGGCAGGCAGGGGGGACGAGGGUGACAGCGAACAGCGACGUUUAUAAAUAAAGCGCCCACAGCUGCACGGGCUGGUACUGUGGCGACUUUGUUUAAUAUUCCAGCAGGGAACCAGCGCGCUGCUGUACUGUAGCCGACACGGGACAAGCCCUCUGUUGCGUUUCUGUCGCGUCCCAGUGUUGAAUUACAGUGUGAUUGUGUAGUAGAGAGGAGAAACCGGUCGGAGGAGGUGAACUGGUUCAGGCCUCGGCUGGAGGAGCUGGUGUGACGUAGCGUUCCACCAACACACACUCACGCGCGCGCACGCACCGGCUGCCGCUGCGCCUGCCAGAAUCUCAAUGUGGGGAAAUGACCGCGAGUGACCUCAAAGGAAACGGUGUAUUUUAGCGGCUGCUCGCGUUUUUAUUUUACACGCAAUUACAGCGAGAAUGUGCGUCAAAAUUUAGCGUGAUAUCUCAUUGUGGAAGACGUUUCACUGCGGGAAAGGACACGAGCAAACUGGUCACGCGACUGUGUCACUAGCUUGCGAGCAGCCGGGCUAACGUUAGCUAGCUGAGCUAAAGCAGUAGCCGGGUGUCUCACCGCUAGCGGCCGUGCUUGUACUUCUCUCCUCCCCCUGCAGAUGCUAAGCUAGGCUAGGCUAGCUGCUGUCAUGGAUAAAGCCAAGUCAAUGAUCGAUAAGAAAGGAGCGUCGGGACCUUUUCAUGUCAACAACGGGCAGAGCCAGAGGGGGUUUCAUGCUAACGGCAGCUGCUGCAGUAGCAACAGUACAUUCGGCUCGAGCUCCGGACCCAACAGCAGCACAUUUGAGAACAUGCAUCACCUGCACCGCGGGGACGAUGCGGAGUGCAACGGGUCCCCGGCCAAGAGGUGCCGGCUACGGAGGAGGACCGAGUCGGUGAGACGGAACAGACCACCCUUCCCCUGGUUUGGCAUGGACAUCGGUGGCACCCUGGUCAAGUUGGUGUACUUUGAGCCGGUCGAUAUAACGGCUGAGGAAGAGCAGGAAGAAGUGGAAAACCUCAAGUCCAUCCGCCGCUACCUCACCUCAAACGUGGCCUAUGGUAAAACAGGUGUCCGUGAUGUCCACCUGGAGCUGAGGAACCUUACCAUGUGCGGCAGGACGGGAAACCUGCACUUCAUCCGCUUCCCAACGCAGGCCAUGCCCCGUUUCAUCCAGAUGGGUCGCGACAAGAACUUCUCCAGCCUGCACACAACGCUCUGCGCCACCGGAGGCGGAGCGUACAAGUUCGAGAAUGACUUCAGAACGAUGGCCGACCUGGAGCUGCUAAAGCUUGACGAGCUGGACUGCCUGAUCCGUGGCCUGCUCUUCGUGGACAGGGUGAGCUUCAACGGACACCCAGAGGGCUACUACUUCCAGAACCCAUCAGACACACAGAGCUGCGUGAAGAAGCCCUGCACCCUGGACAACCCCUUCCCCAUGCUGCUGGUCAACAUCGGCUCCGGGGUCUCCAUACUGGCUGUGUACUCGGAGAACAACUACAAACGGGUGACUGGGACUAGUCUCGGCGGUGGUACAUUCCUGGGCCUUUGCUGUCUUUUGACGGGCUGCGAAACCUUCGAGGAGGCGUUGGAAAUGGCCAGCAAGGGCGACUCCACCAACGUGGACAAACUGGUGAAAGAUAUCUACGGAGGAGACUACGAGCGCUUUGGCCUGCAGGGCUCUGCUGUAGCGUCCAGUUUUGGCCACAUGAUGAGCAAAGAGAAGCGAGACAGCAUCAGUAAGGAAGACCUCGCCAGAGCCACAUUGGUAACCAUCACUAACAACAUAGGAUCCAUAGCACGGAUGUGUGCUGUCAAUGAGAAAAUCGAGCGUGUGGUGUUUGUUGGGAACUUCCUUCGUAUCAACACAGUGUCCACAAAGCUGCUAGCCUACGCCAUGGACUUCUGGUCGAAAGGACAACUACGAGCCCUCUUCCUGGAACAUGAGGGUUAUUUCGGAGCCGUCGGGGCGCUGAUGGAGCUGCUCAAGACAACAGAGGACCCAUGAAGGAUAUUACAUUGUGACAUCAUCGACCCUCUACAAGACGAUGUCAUCCACCCCCAAAUGCUGUGAUGUCAUCAACUCUCGAUGCUGUGACGUCAUCAACUUUUGAUGCUGCUGAAAGGUCCUGUUCACAGAGGCCGCUAAAGGAACACUAAGAGAGAGAGCGACACACAGAAACUGAGAAAAGCCAUUUUAAUAAUUUAACACGUGUAAAUAAUGAUAACCUCUAACAUUCAUCUCCUGAGCUCCCCCGACAGAGUCCCCCUAUCAUAGAGGUUUUAAUAUUGUAAUCUUUAAUUUAUGGUUUCCUGUAAUCACCUCUGUUGAUUCCAGUAAUCAGCCCUGUGUCAGGAAGCACAAAGUGUUUUAGGGUUUUUCGUCACUGUGUGUAUUUGUGUGAAUAGCUACUGUAGCAUUACGUCCUGGAGGCUGUGGUUCCACAGGCGACUAUUUGUGCAACAAUUCUCGAAGAUUAGAUGUCGGCACAGAAAUUACGUUACUCUUGAAAGAGCAGUUGGGCAUUUUUACCACCAGGGACUCAAGGAAAUUCCUUUUCUGUGACCGCAGAUACAUUUGACCAGCGAUGCCUCCUGCCUUCAGCUGUCAGAGUGCAGACAGGCAGCUGUAGCUGAACCCAUCUGGGAACCCAUCGGCUAUCAGUCUGACAACGAUUUAGCCUCUUUGGGCAACGGCCAAUAUUUAAGAGAAUCCACUGAAGCCAGCGGUUACCUGAAUCACAGAUAUCCAUGCUCAUUGUUUACAGUCUGAUUAGCAACUUGAGACACUAUACACAGAGUCCUGGUGCUCUAUAAACACAUAUGUGCAUAUUGAAAAGCUAAAAAGUCCUCAGACGAUAGCCGAUGGUUUCUGAGAUUGCAUUUGAACCAAUGCGUUCCACGUCUUUCACUCUCCACACGGACGUUUAAUCUCCAUGCAACAGAAGCCUGCUCAAACAUGACUGGUCAAUGUUACUUGGACUACAAACAAAAAGGCAAAUAUGCAGAUAUCUGUUUAUUACAGACGCUGUCAAACCAUCAAGACCACAGCUAGUGGUCAUCCAGCUCCAAAACUACAGCUGGACCAGCAGUCCUGGCAGCAGCUAGGGUUAGGAGGCAUUGCGUUGUUGCACAAAAGGUCGCCCACCACGCCACAGCCAAAAGAGUGCACUGAGGACAAAUCCUGUUGAGAUUCGUAUGACGCCUGCCUCCUUCAGCCCAGAGGGGAAGCAGAGAAACAGUCUUUAAUUCUUUCUGUCGCUCCAUUGCUCAUGGCCUUCGCUUUUUGUUUUGUUUGUCCUCCGUCUGCCUACAUGUAAACAACAUUAACAACAUCAUAUUGCCACACAUGCGUACCUAACCUGCUGAGUUUAGUGUUAGAUGAUGGGACCAAGACCUUGUCUUCCAACAGAUGGCGCUGCAGUUGUGUCUUUGUUGUUUAUGUCUGUUGACCAGCAUCACCACAGCUGUAGUUGAGGACACAGUCUGCUCAGUGGCUUGUGUUUGUGAUUUGUAAGAAUACUGUGGGAUUAAUCUUUUCUCUGUAGAGAAUCAUCUUUUCUUUUCCUCUUACUCUUCCCUGUCUUGUCAAUGUCACGUCAGGAGGGUAGAGUCCUGCUUCCUCACCCUCCAGCCAACCUGGCUGCCUUGUUGAGAUGCUGCAGUGUGAUUUAAUGAGGAGAUUAUGGUCCAGCACCUCCUGCUGUAGAUGCAGAUGCAGAAGAAUGGUGUCACCAAGAUGCUUGUAGCCAAGAGUUGCCCCUCAUGUUAAACACACUACAAAUUUGCCUGCAGCAGUAUCAGCUCAUCUUUUAGGUUAGAUUGUGUUUUUGCUGUCUUUAUGGUGCAGAUUUUUUGCAUGACAGUCGGUGGUUUGUUCUCUGAAGUGCUGCUGGGUGGGUGGAGUUUUAUUCCCACCAUUUUGUUCUCACAAAAAAUGAGAAAACACAGUCAUUACUACACUUUCAGAAAGAUACAUGAGAUAGCCAACAUUCCCCAACUACAACCCAGAUGAUCACUUUUUAUCCCUCAUAGACCCUUUUAAAUAACGUGUGCUUCACUUCAACCAACCAUGUUGUACAGAACUUGUGCAAACCAAGCUGUGGCACACUAGAAGAGAUUUAGGUGACGUUUUAAAUUGUGUACUACUGCAGAUCCUAAAUUGUGGUGAAUCCCUUUAUUGCCUCUAAUAAUUUCUGUCUGACACUCUUAUAAAGGAAGCCAAUUAUUUGGGGAAGUUGUAAAAUACAUGCACACCUCAUCCUGAAAGAAAGGUUUGCUUGUAAUUUAUGACAGCUGUAAAGAGGCUUCAUCGUCAGUGAGCUUUCUAGGCACCAUCAGUUCAUUUUAGAAUCAUUACAUCAUAGCUGUUUUUGAGAAAGAUGCCGGGUUUCCUGUUUCCUCCUCUCAGCCUGGACCUUUACAGCCUUUCAUCUCUGUUUAAUAUCAGAGCAGCUGAGCUAUAAAUCUGGGCGAUGUCCUCUCCUCUGUCCACCGCUUUAGAUAUUUAGAACCACUGUCCACAUGCCUGCACUCUCCAGCAGAGAAACUGUGCUCUUUGUGUAUUUCACCUCCGUCUCUCAGUUCUUGUACGACUUUUUGUUGUUAAAGUACCUCCAAAGCAUCACUGCUGUACCAACACUUUAACGUUGGUUAGUUAUCUGUGUCUCCGAGCCUGACGUACAAGUGUUCAAGUAUUUUCUUGACCUUUCUGGACCCUUUCUAACGUUUCGCCUACAGUAAUAACAACAAGGGUGAAAUCCUUAUCAGCUAGUUGAGUGUUAUGCAAGUAUGUUGAACCCACCUUCUAACGUACCCACGGACUACACUUUGACCCCAACAAAUAACAUGUUUGCUGCUAUGCACUUCGUCUUCCUUUGUUUGUAGUUCUUCAAAAGUUAAUUUAAGCUGAUGUUUUUGUCCACAACAAGUCACAGUACACCCAAGAUUUUUAAAGUUUUGCUGUUGAAGCAAUUGUGUUUGCAAAUGGUAGAUUAAACUGAAUCAUAAUAGAUAAGGAUACUUUUCAAUUAGCUCAUUGGGUAACACAAUAAUGACAUUUUUACAGAGUGGAUCCUCUGUUGUUCUAAAAGCUAAAUAUCCGUAUGUUUUCUGCUGCUGAUUCUUCGAUUGUAACAGGUUUUAUUAACUUCCUGUUGACUACCUAUUGAUACUGUUCGCGUAGUCGUGUUUUGGAGGGAUUUUAGACUUUCGCAACCAUCUCCUCCGACAACACUGAAUCAUCAGUGUGUUCCAUCCUGCUUGUUUUCAGUUGUGACGAAGCUGUAAAUGUUCUUUUCAGGUGCUUUUUGUUCUGCUGCUUUUAUAUUUGCCUUCUUCCAACUCAUGUUUGGAUGAUAACAGUGGCCUCGACCUGUCAGGUGCCACUCAGCUUUGAAAUCCGGCUGGCGUUGGUUAUCUCGUGCCACCCCUCUUCUUCUUCUUCUUCUUCUUCUUCUUCUUCUUCUCCUUCUCCUUCUCCUCCGCCAUCUGAAAACCCCAAUCAGUUGCCUUCACCGUGUCUGUGCCCUUCAGUUUCCUGUGUGGUUUCAUUUUCAUUUCUCACCUGCCUCACCUCACCUCAAUGUCUUUGUUACGUUGUGCUGCGAAUAUGUUAAUGUUCAGGUUUCACUGUUGCUUUCUGUUUGUUUAUUGUUUGUUUUGUCAUGGUACUGUAGCAGUGAACACACAUUCACAGUUUGAAUAUCAAGAGACAUUCACAAGUCACCUGCUCGUCCACAGUGGGUCUUCACAAUGGCUUUGAUAUUGAAACUUGAUCAUUUUGAAAGCCACAAGAUUAUCUAGCUAUCACAGAUCAUUAAUACUGACAACUGGAAUUUUAGAUGUUUACCUGAUACCUUUCUUGUCAUUAUGUUUUUGGGCAACAGUUUGGUUUGGGAACAUUUUUCAAAAAGGUGUGUCCUGUUGUUAUUUUUAUCCUGCUUCUUUUUUUGUGGCCAGUAGUAAGUUAUAAUGUGAGUUUCUCAUGUGAUUUUAAUAUACUAUUGUACAGAAUUUUCUUUUCAUGCUUUGAUUGUUUUUUUGGUUGGCACAAAAGAACCAGUGUGAUUGUUUCCAGAAAAUGUAAAUCCCUUGCCAUCAUGCUCUGUCCGGCUGAGGAGGCCUUUUUCGAGCAUGUGGUGAUUUUUCAGCACUUAUAAAAGUCAUCCGACUGCAAGCUGUAACUUUUUAAACACAGAUUGUCACUGUCCUGCAGAGCCUUUUAUCUCCAAACCUGUGAACACCCAAGUAGAAGGAGCGUUUAGUCAUGGAGGCCACUCUUAACGUUUUCUGCUGUUCAUCAUGUGGCUCGGGCCUGAUGUCGGGGCGAGAUUAAAUUGGAAACAGAUAAAUGAAGACAUACUUGUAAUAACGUUCAGGCUUCAACAUUAAUGUUUUUUGACUUGCCUGGUUUGUGUAGGGGAGAGCAAAACUUGACUUUGGUGACACUUGCCUGAAGUCAAUUUUUACAGUUUUGUCUGCAGCCCUCUAAUCUGUAACGGGGAUGCUGUCAGCUCUUGUUCUGGCACUCCAGCAUCGUAUUUCGGACACUUAGCGUGCCUUUGGAAAACCUGUUUUAUUGGCCUUGCUGUCAAACUUGCAGCAAACUGCUCAAUAUAUAGUUGGCGUUUCGCGCACAUCCUCUAACACCACCAAACUCCCGUUUCCAGGAUAAUUGAAAUUCAGCUCAUAAACUUUGUCUUUACCCACCGCCACUUUCUCCCAGUCCCCUCAUCGGUACAGCGCAUGUGCAACUCUCAUCAGAGAGGAGAAGAAGCUCACAGCUUAGCUACCUCAAUCAUCAGCUCCAGGAUCAAACAUGCUUAAUUAUUUUUGCCACAUCAGGCAAGAUUUACUCACCCAACAACUUGCCCCAGGCGAUCCUCAUCGUUGAGCCCUGACGUUGAAGAUAACAGUCUCUGCAUAACAUCGAUGACGUGUUUUAAAGUUGUUCAUUUUACCUGUAUGUUCCUGGUAACGGUGUAAUUAUGGGUUUUAAUGUGAUUUUCAUGCUCAACUAAUCUAAAACUGUUUGAAUGCAGAGUUGCAGACUGUAAUGGGAUAUCAUGAGUUCACAUACUUGUAGUAUUUUUGUACCUAACUGUUGUACUAAUGUGCCGCUGCAGCUUCAGUGUUUUUGACGACAAAAACCAAACGACACUUGCUGGAGUUUAAAAUUCUUCACACAAACUGUGUCGAUGUUUUCAGCAGCAACUCUCUUGAAACCCAUCGUUCAAAGCAGCAUCACAUCUUGCGCUGUACUCGACAUGUUUGUGACGUUUUGUCCUUUUUAAAAGUGUUUCAGUGACAACAUAGAUACAGUAUGAGGCAACAACACAGUCAUUCACAUCAGCUUUUAAGCGUAGAUUUUUAUGUUCCCAUGAGUCAGCAGUGUGGGUGUUUAUCUGCUUUGAUAAUGGUCUGUGAGUUGUGAUGUUAGAGUUUGGGGUCUGAACCUCACUGACGCUUUGUAUCGGGUUCAUCUCCCACCGGGACCACCUGUACUCGGAUCAGUGUAUAUUUCUCGGUACUGUAAAGGAGCUUAAAGCGUCCACCGAACGGCAAAUGUCAUGUCAUCCGUAGUGGAAUCUAACCAACGGGCUAUGCAGUAACUCAUCCAUCGAUCUCUUUGUCCCUUUCAACAAACUCACCUCUUCUCUAACGCUACCAGAGUUGAUUGACUUGUUUGUAAAUGUUUUUAAAAAAUAUAUGCAACCCUGUUAGAGGUCCCCCGUUAGAAAUCCUGUUUGAAUCUUGACGGAGAGAGUUUCUCCUCCUGAAGUUCCUGUCCUGCUGAUAUAGUUGUUAACACUAUGUAAGGUGGAUGCUCGCAACGGGAUGUUUAAGGCCGAAUUAUGCCCCAGAAUGAGCGUAUGAAGCAUGUUUAAGAUUGAUAUCAGACUGUAAACACCUUGUUGCUGUCAAACCUCAUGUUGCGUAUGAGUUACAGUGGCAUAAUGUCCCCUGUGACCUUCUGACCUUUAGCUUUUUUUGCCUCAAAGGUUCCUAAUCUGGUCAGACAUCCACAUCCAGCCUUUAAAAAACUGUCUUCUGGAAUGCUUGACAGGCGGGACAGACUUUUUCUCCCUUGUGUAUUUGAUUGUACAGAGAUUUUGUAAAUAAUAUUAAUAUGAUAUAUUCUACACCAGCAAUCUGUCUGUUGAUUAAGUUGUUUCAACUGUGCAGGGCCUGGCUUCCCAAACACCACUAGGCACUUAAUUAACAAUCCAAACGCAGACAGAGGACGCACCGAGGCGAUCCACUUCUCUCUGCAGCUUCAGCUGUGAUUGAUAGCGUCAACAAAUACUUCUGUCUGGUCUGUUUUAAACUACUUGUGGUGUAUGACACAUUUCUAGAUGUUUAUUAGCAAUAUUAGCAAGUGUCUAAAAGUGAUGGCAUCCAUUGUACAUGUGUAAAACCCACCAAUCUGUUGUGGCUUUAAUAUAAUUUUCUAAACUCCAUUCAGAUCCAUCUGACAUUGAUUAAACUUUGAUGCUAAAUAAGUCAUACACUGACUAAGAAGUGGGAUGUGACAUGUUGAGUCAGUGUUAACUGGAAUCAAUGCUCCAGGUGGUUGUUUUUCUGUCUGCUGGAUUUCAGUGCCGGUCGCUUCACCUCGACUCCUCUUGGAUCUGGGUGUGAAAGUUUUUGGGAAGCCCAGUGCUGGUUGUUGGCGUCAGUUCUGCUGCUGCUUUUAACUCCGGUUUGAAAACACAAAGGGUUAAAAAGGAAUAAAAGAAAAAAAAAACAUUAAAAAUGGCUCCCUGCCUUGUGCAAUGCGUAUGUACUGAAGUGAAGAGAUUUUUUUUUUCUAAAAAGGAAUUAAACUAAAACUGGAUGAGA